CACAGUGUCCCGUCGUCGGCCGCUGCACAGCCAUGGCUCCAGCGUCCACCGUGCUCUGCCUGGCCCUGCUCGGUCUGGCGGCCGCCGCCGGACCGUACGGCAGCUCCCACUCGUCGUCCCAGUACGGAGCCCGGAGACCGGGCAGCACCUACGGAGCUCCGAGCUACAAGAGCUACACACCUCCGACACCGAACAAGGGCUACGGAGCUCCGAAACCGAGCGCGAGCUACGGCGCGCCGAAGUACGACAACGCAUACCAGGCGCCCAAGUACGACGGUGGAUACGAUACGCCGAAGUACGACAGCGGAUACCAGGCACCCAAGUACGACGGUGGAUACGAUACGCCGAAGUACGACAACGGAUACCAGACGCCCAAGUACGACAGCGGGUACGGCGCUCGUCCUGUCGCGGCGGUUCGGGUCCAGCCGGGAGCGGGACAGCGCGGAGGAUUUGGACCAUCGUUCGGCGGCCAGAGACCCAAACCUGUGCAGCGAUUCCAGCAGCCAUCUCAGCCGUUCCCGCCCCAGGGCGGUCGCGGCGGUCUGUACGUGUCCUGGGAGAACCCACGUCACAGCGGCGGCCAGUACACGUGGGACCAGGCGGCCGGCGAGUGUCGCCAGCUCGGGCUGAGGCUCGUCUCGCUCACCUCGCCGCAGAAGGAGCAGGAGAUCAACCGCCGGCUGCCCAGGGGCGGACGCAAGGUCGAGUUCUACUGGACGUCCGGACAACGCCUCAGCGAGGGAGGACAGUUCGUGUGGAACGACGGGGCCCGCACCCCCGUCUGCAACCGGGGCCAGGGCUGCUACCAAAACUGGGGACCCACCGGAGGCGCCGGAUUCCCCCAGCCCGACAAUCGCGAGGGUCGUGAGAACUGCCUGGCGGUGCUCAACGAAUUCUACCCGGGAGAAGGCAUUGUGUGGCACGACAUUGGCUGCCACCACCGCAAGCACUUCGUAUGCGAGUAAUGUACGACUGUCUGACGUAAAACUAAAACACGAAAAACUGGUGCGACUGUGCUGAUGAUUGUGACAUAUAACGUAUCUGUUCAAUCCUCGAUAAGGUCGAUAUCAACAUUCAUGUUUUUACUAAAAGAUAUAGAAGCAUAUGUGGAAGUACCAAUGAAAAUAAAUUAUGCAUUAUUU